GGCGUUCGGCCGCCAGUGAGGUGAGUGGGGGGUGUUCGGUGCUGAGCCAGAUGGGCUUAGGGUCCGCGGCUUGGAGCUCCCGGGGCUCAGAGGCCCGUAAAGAGAGCUGGGGCUGGGGCUGGGGUGGCCGCGGUCCGCUGGGUGCUGUGAGUGGGCGGCGCGAAGGGGAAACUGAGUCAGGGCGGCGUCGGGCAGGCCCUCGCCAGUCCUGGUCCGCCUCACCCGGACCCGAGGCCCGGCAAGUGCUGGUUCGAGGUGAAACUGCAAGUGAAAGUGCCCCGCAAGCAACGAAGGUGUCUUCUGCCCGGAAAUACGGUCCCUUUGAAUCAGAUCCCGAGAACCCCUGGGCGUUGUCUCUUCCUGUCACAAGAUGGAUAACAAGAAGCGCCUGGCCUACGCCAUCAUCCGGUUCCUGCAUGACCAGCUGCGGCACGGGGGGCUCUCGUCCGACGCCCAGGAGAGCUUGGAAGUUGCGAUCCAGUGCCUGGAGACUGCUUUUGGGGUGACCGUGGAAGACAGCGACCUCGCUCUCCCUCAGACUCUUCCGGAAAUAUUCGAAGCAGCUGCCGCGGGCAGGGAGGCGCCACAGGACCUGAGGAGCCCUGAGCGAACUCCGCCUUCAGAGGAGGACUCGGCCGAGGCAGAGCGCCUCAAAACCGAAGGAAACGAGCAGAUGAAAGUAGAAAACUUUGAAGCUGCCGUGCACUUCUACGGGAAAGCCAUCGAGCUGAACCCCGCCAACGCCGUCUAUUUCUGUAACAGAGCGGCGGCCUACAGCAAACUGGGGAACUACGCAGGGGCCGUGCAGGACUGUGAGCGAGCCAUCUGCAUAGACCCGUCCUACAGCAAAGCCUACGGCCGGAUGGGCCUCGCGCUCUCCAGUUUGAACAAGCACACCGAGGCAGUGGCCUAUUACAAGAAGGCCUUGGAGCUGGACCCCGACAACGAGACCUACAAGUCGAACCUCAAGAUAGCCGAGCUGAAGUUGAGGGAGACGCCAAGUCCCACAGGAGGUGUCGGCAGCUUUGACAUUGCUGGCCUGCUGAACAACCCAAGUUUCAUGAGCAUGGCGUCAAACCUGAUGAACAACCCCCAAGUUCAGCAGCUCAUGUCCGGGAUGAUUUCGGGCGGCCACAACCCCCUGGGGACUCCGGGCACCAGCCCCUCACAGAAUGACCUGGCCAGUCUCAUUCAGGCCGGCCAGCAGUUCGCCCAGCAGAUGCAGCAGCAGAAUCCGGAGUUGAUAGAACAGCUCCGAAGUCAGAUCCGAAGUCGGACCCCCAGUGCCAGCAACGAUGACCAGCAGGAGUGAUGGCCCACGUGAGUCCACUGUGGCCGUGAGGGCCCUCCCAGCAUCGCCAGCUCCUUCCCACCGACUGGAAGCCUUCUCGCGUCUUGCCGUCUUCUCCCCUUGGACUGCCCAAGAGAGAAAAAGAAAAAGAAAUUGGACCUGCAUGUUAAGAUGGAUUUUUAUUAUUUUUAUUUUGCCCUUCAUCCUUCCUUCCCUGUUUGUAGUCUCCCAUGGCCCCCUACCCCUCUCGAAACAGAGCCAGCAAGCUGUGAAUGCAGACCAGCUCCCAGAAAAGCCAGUCACUAAAGUAUUUUUUAGACUGUUCCAGGGCGGGGGUCGUUCUCGAGCCCCUGUCCAGGAAGCAGCCAGUUUUAUGUCAAGCCACGUCAGGGACACCCGUGGCUCUCAGAGCCCCGUUUUGCAGCCCCCACGGUCUGUCUUCAGAGGCCUCCGCAGCCCGGUGAGAAGACACUUCUGAGUCAACCUUGGCCUCCCCAGCCGCGCCCUGCUCAGAUGAGCUCACUGCCAGCCGCGGUCUGGGCGCCAGUGUCUGCCCUGCCCCUCGGACUGCGGGUUUUCGCGUGAGGAGCUCUUCAGAUGCAUUUUCCUCGAUGACAAUUUCCGUUGCCUCACGCCCCAGCGGGAGCAGGGGUGGGACCGUCCUGGGGCGCACAGGACCAGGUACCGGGACUUCCGAUCGAGCAUUUUGAUGGACACGCAUCUCAUCUCCUCUGACCCUUUCAUCCCGGUACUCGUGACUGACAGAUGCAGAUCAUGACCUUCCAGCCCGUCCCCAGCUGGGUGUCCCAGCCCCACUGCCCUUCUGCCCACAGGUGACCCUGCUGGCCAGCAUGUCUAGGUUCUUGGCAAGUUCUGUCCUGUUCAGGGCUGGGGGCUGGCGGGGGGCCCUGGUGCCACCAGAGCUGCUUCCAGGGUGGGAAACCUGCCCAGGACACAAGGCCACCUCAGACAUCCCCACGGCCUCUGCUGGGGGCAGUGGGUGGGGGUUGGGGGGCAGGUCCACUAGCCCCGCUGUACCAGCAGCGACGUGGACAACUGGAUCGUUCGAGGUUCCCUGGUGUCGUCGGCUGUCUGCGAGCAGACCCAGUACCGUGUGUGUCGUAGGUAACUAGUAGGAAGACGGGCCACUGCCAGCCACCGCGGUCCGUCCUGCGUCUGGCAAGAUGUGUCAUAACUCUUGAGUGCUAGCCAUGGUGACAAGCAUAACGUGUGGGGAAUAAAUAGACAUCGUGA